AUGGCGGCCCUCUUGUGGCUGGCGCUCGGCGGGGCGCUGCUGCUUAUGUUGUUAUGGCGACGGGCGCGGCCUACCGGCUCCGAGGGCCGCGCGGCGGUGGUGGUGCUGGGCGACCUGGGCCGCAGCCCCCGCAUGCAGUACCACGCCCUGUCGCUGGCCCGCCGGGGCUUCCACGUCGCCUUCGUCGGCUACGCAGGUACAAAGCCGCACAACGAUCUCUUGCAUAAUGAAAACAUACGGAUAGUACACAUUCCAGAACAUAAAACGUGGCAAGUUGGCCCCAGAGUUUUCCAAUAUAUCACAAAGGUGAUUAUUCAGAGUGUCCUGCUGUUUUACACGAUGCUGAAGAUAGAGAAUCCGGGCUAUGUUCUUCUCCAGAAUCCUCCAGGUCUGCCCAGCAUCGCUGUUAUCUGGGCCGUUUGUUUACUGCGCGGGAGCAAGCUGAUAAUCGACUGGCACAACUACGGGUACACCAUAAUGAGCCUGACGCACGGAGCCAGACACCCGUUAGUUCGGAUCGCCAAAUGGUACGAGGAGCUCUUUGGCCGCCUGUCCGACUGUAACAUCUGUGUGACCAAUGCGAUGAAAGAGGAUUUGGAGGCGAAAUGUAGCAUCAAAGCGAUAACCCUUUAUGACAGGCCAGCGUCUUUCUUCAAGGAGACGCCAUUGAGUGACCAGCACCGGCUCUUUCUGAAACUCAGCAAAGACUAUGUUCCGUUUAAAGCCCGAUACGCAGCAGAGCCCAUCCCACCGGGUGACGGCAACGAGAAAUCGGCCUUCACGCAACGAGAGGCCCGAAGCGGACAGGUGACCCGCCUCAAAGACCGGCCGGCGCUCCUGGUCAGCAGCACCAGCUGGACAGAGGAUGAAGAUUUCUCUAUCUUGUUGAAAGCUUUAGAAGAAUACGAGCGUCACGUCAGUGAUGGAAUGAAGCUUCCUCCUCUGGUGUGCGUGAUAACAGGCAAAGGGCCUCUGAAAGAGUAUUACAGCAAGCUGAUGUCAACCAUGCCGUUCAAGCACAUCCAGAUCUGCACACCCUGGCUGGAAGCGGAGGACUACCCCCUGCUCUUGGGCUCGGCGGACUUGGGCGUUUGCCUCCACAAAUCGUCCAGCGGCUUAGAUUUGCCCAUGAAGGUCGUGGACAUGUUCGGCUGCUGCUUACCCGUGUGCGCAGUGCACUUCCGGUGCCUGCACGAGCUGGUGAAGCACGACGUGAACGGUUUGAUCUUCAGAGACUCGGGCGAACUCGCCGGGCAGCUGAAGAUGCUUUUCUGGGAGUUCCCUACUGCAGAAGGCAAGCUUAAUUUAUUCAGAAGAAAUCUUCGGACGGCUGAGCAGUUGCGGUGGGACGAAAGUUGGGAACGGACAGUAUUUCCUUUGUUUACCAACCGUUGUUUUGCUAACCUUAAGACUGACCUUAUUGAAAACUAGGGCUUCCGGUAUGGCGCGUCGACGGGAGGCCGCUCUGAGCUCUGAACCGCCCAUCCCGCCUUUGCCUUUGAGCCUCCCGAACUGCGGGAGAGCUCGACCAGCCCCCCGGGGGAGGGGGCUGGAGCAGGGGACGCUUUUCUGGCCCCUCCCGCAGUCGGCAGAGACGCUGCCACCCGUUUUUUUAAAUAAUCAGGACUGUAGUGAACAAAUUAAAGCGAAUUGAAACAACACAGAGAAGCAAGAGCAACUCGGACUGGAAAAGGAAAGAAUUGGAGCUGUUUGAAAGGCUUGAAAAGUAAUUAAAGACCCCCCAACAUCGGCGUCCAAGCAGGUGAUGUAAAGCGGCCGGGGAGAGACGCAGGACGUAGUUGUAAAUGGAUUCUUUGAGAGGGGGUAGAACCACGAAAGCUGGGUGCUAUUUUUUUUUAUGUGUUUGGUAAUGAAAUAAAGAAGGGGCAAAAGACAUUGAAAAAAAUUUGGCGGUGACUGGAGACUGAAAGGACUGAGACGGAGUGUAUAGGAGGUAACGAGGAGAAAAUGGAUGGAAAUUGGGAAGUUGGGGAGAUGGAUAUGGAGCAGUUCAUAAGAGCAAUAAAAGAGGCGGUGAAGAAAGGUUGUGAGGAAGCGUGCCGGGAGAUAAAGAAGGAAUACAAUUUGCAGGAGGAUAUAGAAGGAACAGAAAAACUGGGAUUAAAGUUUGAGAAGGAGUCGCGAGAGGAGGAUAUGCCGGAGGAAAAAGACUGUGUGGAGGGAAAAAACUUGAGUGACUGUGUAGAGGUGAGAGUCGUGCUUAGUAAAGCAAGAGAAAUCAACAGAGAGGUGUCUGAACUCAAAGAAGGACUGCCCAAAGAAAAUAGACAGUGUUUAAAAAUGGGAUGAGAAUGGGACAAGAUGAUUAAAAGAAAGAAGCGACGAGCAUGGAAGUUUAAAAUGGACAGUGGAAUCUGGAGACUGGAAGGUUUGAAAGAUAGAAGAAAAAGGCAUGGAGGUCAAGGAGUGUGUAAGGAACGUAGGCACAUGGACGGCUUGAAACAAAAAAAGAAAAUGCAAAUGCUCAGGAGGAAAUUGAAGAGAUAUGAAAAAGGGUUAUAGUGCUGACUGUUGAUUUGGAUUUAAAUUGGAAAACUGACCUGAAAUUUACUGAUUUAAGAUAUAAAUGUUUGUGUAUUGAACCUACUUACCUAGGAAUUUAUGCAUUUUGUUUUCAGGGUGAUAGUAAAUGGAGAUAGGAGGUGUAGUUUUAAGAAAGU